AUGACAGUUGAUUGGUCACACGGCAUUAGUCAUGUAGGCCAAUGUUUCGAAGGGGGUAUUGCUGCUUUCCGUUUGGUUUUGUCCAAAUAUGCUAUUGAGUGUGGGUUUGACUUCAAAUUUGUUAAAAAUGAUUCAGUGCGGGUUACGGCAGUGUGCACGUUGCGAGAGCAAAAAGGGUGUUCAUGGUUGAUACAUGGAAGGGUUCAAACAUGCAAUGAUUAUUUUUACUUGAAGAGGUUGAACAACUUGCGUAGUUGUGGUGUUAUUGUUCGCACUGGGAAGAAUAACAGACUUAACUCUGAAUUGGUUUGCAAUGUUAUUGGUGAUCGGUUACGUGAUAAGCCGCUUACACGUCCCAUUGACGUUGUGUUUGACCUUAAAAAGGAGUACAUCCUUAAUGUUAGUUACCACACAGCAUGGUUAGGUGUGGAGAAGGCAAGAGGCGAAGUAUAUAGUGACUAUCAUGUUUCAUUUGAUCAACUUAGGUGGUACGUGGAUGCGGUUAUGCAUUACAACCCUGGGAGUUAUGUCAACUUAGAUUUUGAGCAGUCUACCGGCCCAUUUAAGCAGUUCUUCAUUUCGUUCAAAGCUUGUAUCGACGGAUUCAACCAUAUCUGCCCAGUAUUGUUUCUUGACGGCACUUUUUUAAAAGGGAGAUUUAAAGGCAAUUUGCUUGCAGGGACGGGGAAGGAUGGUAACAAAGGUUUAUUCCCAUUAGCUUUUGCUAUUGUUGACUCUGAAACAACUGCAAAUUGGACCUGGUUUUUACAGCAACUGACAAAGGUUGUUAGUAGUGCUCGCACAUUAACUUUCGUAUCCGACCGUAAUAUUGGGCUGCUUGAAUCCUUGCUUGCUGUUUUCCCAUCUGCACACCAUGCGUACUACUUACAACAUCUCCAAGCAAAUUUAAGGGACAAAUUACGAUGGGUUGACAACCGUGUACGUUUUGGUUUAAUGGCCAAGUUGCGUGAAUGUGCAUAUGCUCCAACCGAGGCUUCGUUUCAGUAG